AUGGCUUCCGGAGUGCUCUCAGUCUGGUCUCUCUGGCUUGAGCCCGACGAGAAGACCAACCUCAAAUUCCGCAAUGCCAUCACCUCCCUGUCCUCCCUCUCGCCCGCUUCACCCAACUUCCUGCCCCACGUAACCCUUUACGGCUCCAUCGAUCUCUCUACCGAACCAUCCGUCAUCCGCAAGCACCUCGAGGCGAUUAUAGCCCAAUCGCGCCAGUCCGAGCCUCUGCGCCUUCCGGUCCUGUCCCCAUCGACAGGCGAGGCAUUCUUCCAGUGCAUCCUAGCUCCCGUAGAGCCAGUAGAGCCGCUGCUGAAGCUACAAUCGCGCUGCGAGGAGGUCUGGGGUCGGAAGUCGCCAUACUUCCCCCAUGUCAGUCUGAAGUACGGGGAUAUUGGCGCGGAACGAAGGGAGGAGAUUGCCGAGCGGGCGAGGGAGGAGUCCUUGCCGGAGAUGGUGGCAGUGAGGGGAAUCAGUAUUGUGCGUUGUGUAGGGAUGGCAGAUCAGUGGGAGGUGGUAGAUGUUGUACCAUUUGAUUGA